CGGCAUGUGCGUGCGUUACUACUUUUGCAACACUCUUCCAAAUAACCUCAAAUCAUCGUCCAAACCCAGCUCAUUGAAUAUUAUCAAUAAACGGCAGAUAUUAUAAAGGACUUCUUUGGCCGCACAUGGCCAGCGGCAGUGCCAAGCGGCAGUCCACAAUGCCAGCCAAGAGAAUGCCAGCAACAGCGCAACCAGUUGCCGCAGCCAGCAGCAACAACAACAAUGCAGCGGCAACUCCCGUUGCAGCGCCCCUGAGCAACAUGUCAAACGGAAUGUCACGUCUAACGCCAGCAAGAGACUUGACCCUGGGCGGCCGCGGUGCCAGUGCGGCUGUUAAAAAAGUCUUCGCGCCCAAUUUAAAUGCAGUGCGCAACAAAAAUAUCAAUGUCAAGACGUCGAAGGACUUUACGCAGCCACGAGGUGCUCGUCGCGGAGCACGCGGUGCUGGUGGAGCAACACGAGGACGUGGAGCUGGCAAUGGCAACUCCACGCUCAUACAAACGACCGGCGUUUUCUCAGAGGGCGCUGGUGCCGUGCAUUUGCGCAAAUCCUCAAGCGGCGGCUCAGCCUACGCACGCGCCGGCGACGAAGUAACUAUAUCCCGAAAACGCAAGGAUGACAAAUCGCAGGAACAGCGAGUAAGGGAGCUGAUAGGAAGCGAUGACAGCGAUGACGACGAUUCCGCCAGUGAAGAAAGUGAGCUUGAUAAGACUGAACUGAACUUCAAACCGGUGAUGCUAACCGAAGGAUUGUGGCACACCCAAAAAGUCAACAUAAAACAGGAAACACCGGGCAUACCGAAACCAAAACCGGACGAAGAAGACUCGCUAGCUGUAGCCCAGCACUUGCAGACCCUGCACGUUAGUGUCCAGGCUGGCAUGGAGGAGCCACCCGCACAAUACGGACGUUAUCCGCGCAGUAUUGGCGCCUUUCUCGAUGCGCCACAGUCCCAACUGUUUGUCAUGCAGCUUCCUAACGUUCUGCCCUGUGUGGCAGACGAAGCCGAAGAUGCGCCUGCAGCCACUGAGCAACCAGCGUCUAAUGCCUCGGCAGAGCAGCCCAACAGUCCAACGUCUGCAUCCGCGGCCACCGGUACGCCCAAGCCCAGUCUAUUGGCACAGUUGGAGGAAGGUCAAAUCGGCAAGAUAUUAAGAUAUCGUUCGGGCCGCGUUAAAUUGCUGCUGGGCGAAACACGCUUCGACUUGGACAUGGGUCUGGACUCGGGCUUUUUACAGGAGCUCAUGUCCAUCAGCAGCAAUCGGGAACAGCGCAGCGGAAACAUGAUCAAUCUGGGUCCGAUCCAGGCCAAGCUAAAGGCCACUCCCGACUGGGUGCAUCUCUUUCAGCAGCAAGAGACAGCCGCCAGGCAACCAACAUCCGCGACAACUAGCAUACCAACAGCAGCAGGCUCUGCCGCCACGUAGCACUCACUAGACUAGGGCUGAGUCCUUUUUUAUUUAGUUUAGUUUAGGAGCAUAUAAUAAUUCUGUAAAUAGGCCGCCUAAGUCUAAGUUAUUUAACUGCAUUGAUUACAAGUACUCUUUAUUUUUUAAUAUAAGAAAUAUCUAGUCUUAGCUAGUUAGCGAUUGCGUAGUACGCCCCCUAAGCAUGUUGCCCUCCAGAUCGAGGGCAUAGUUGUGAUCCACGGGAUUGGCCAGUGCUGUUUCAAUAGCCGCAUCCAGAUUAUCACGUGUGAUGAACGUCUUGGAUUGCUCGAUUUCAUGGCGAAUGCGCUGAUCGGCACGCUCGCGUUGCUCCUCAGCACGUAGUUUACCCGCUUCAAUGCGUUCCUGGAUGUACGCAACCUUCUCUUCCCGUUCCUUGGCCAAGCGGACUUCACGCUCUUUAGCAAUCUGGGCAUUCCAUGCGGCAUUCACUUCGAGGCAUCGCUGGAACUCUGCUUCCUCUUGUUCGGGCGUGAAUACUAUGUGAUCUGCCGUCGACGUUUCCUGCUGCCGCACCACCUCCUCCCGCAAGUAUUGCCGCACAGAGCGCAAUUGGGUUCUACACGACAGUAAAUAUAACAAUCAGUCACUUUUUUCAGUGUCGUA